AUGGAGAGUCGUCUUCAAGCAUCGAGUAACAGCCCGACCCUGCUCGACAUCGAGGAAGGUCGGGUCGACAUCAUUGAUCGACCAAGCGCUGGAGAACAAUGUUGCCAUUACUUUCGGAGCUUCAUCCAGUUUCUUUUCUCCUACGUCGGCCUGACCGCUAUGCUCUGCGCCUACCUACUACUUGGCGCCAUAGCCUUCAGGAACAUCGAAAUGGGGAAAGAAGCAGCAUUGCGAGGUGAAAUAAGAAGGGAAAUGGAAGACUACUUUGAGGAACUCUUCCAGGAAGCAACGACUAUAAAUGUCAGGAACUGGACCGAUAAUGCCAUCAGUAGAUUAUCUGACAAGCAAAAGAAUUUUACGGCUAAAUCUAUCGUCUUUAUGGAGUAUCUUGAUGAUGGCGAGAAAUGGUCAUUCUUUGGAUCUAUGUUAUUCUCUCUGACGGUUGUCAGCACCAUUGGGAGAGUACGAGAGUGCGAGUACGUGGAAGGUGAUAAGAGUCACUUUGCCGGUGGGAUACGUGUGAACUAG